AUGGAGGACGACGAUGAGGCCGACAACGACGACGACUUAGACGAUGAGUACUGCGAUGACGACAGGGAUUAUCUGGGGCCCUUGGACGUUGAUCCACUCAAUGAAAUGCAUGAUUUCAUUCAGGCGGUAGAAAGUGUGGUCCAAGAGCACCGAGGGCAACCAGAGCCACCACGACUCUCACCGCGUAUGGAGUUUUCGAAGCCUAUAUUCGGCAUCUACAACCCGAAGACGUUCUGA